AUGAUUGACAAAGUUCGAGAAAUUCAAGAACAUAAUAAAUCUACAAUACUAUCUAAUACAACAACAAUAACUAUACAUAAUAAUGGAAUUUUAACUGAACUUUCAAUUGGUAAUUAUGGUACAUUAACAAAUAAUAAUCAAUAUGAAACAAUUGUUCCUGAAAAUCAACAACAAACAUUUAUAAAUACAAAUACUAAUCGACAAGAUACAAAAAUAGAUACAUUUCAAUCAAGUAGUUGUAAUACAAUGAUUGAAUUAUCAUCAGAAUCAUCUGAUACGAUGAUUAUUAAUGAAAAUGGAAUUGAAAUAGAAAAUGAUGCCAAUAGUCAACAAGAUACACACUUAAGAUAG